CAAAGCCAGGCGCAUAAAUCCGACCCGCCAUUCGCUCGCUCGCUAGCUAGCAUCAGUCUGUCCCCUGUUACUCAAGAGGAAAGGCGAGGGAACGCGCAGCGCAGCACAAGAGGUUUCCACUGACUAGUAGUACGGCCGUGGUUCUACCUAGCUAGUUGUUCCGCUGUUGCGUGGCGUCGCGUUCUUAAGGAAGGCAAGGCCAAAGCAAGGGACCGCCGGGGCGCGCGCGAAUGGCGGCCAGGCACUCGUACCCGCCCACGCGGGCCACGCGGAGCGCGCCGGCGCCUCGGCCGCCAUUGUCCCGCCUCGGGGAGUCGGAGGCGGCGGCGGCGGCGGCCCAUCCCGGCGCCGACCCGGAGGCGCGACGCAAGGCCAAGAAGCAGAACCAGCUGUGGCCCAAGACGGUGCUGCGCAAGUGGCUCAACAUCCGGUCGCCGGACUCCGACUACAGCGCCGACGAGGGCGACACCGCCGACGAGGCCGACAGCGACUCCGAGUACGAAGAGAUGUGCGCAUGGGAACGCCAGCGAUAUGAUCGGGACCGGAGAAUGCGCGGAUUGGGUGCCCAGACUACUGAUAGCCAAAUGGAGGGUGUUCCAUACGGUCUUCAUAGAAGGCGCAAGUCAGAGACUCUUCGUGCUCAGUAUAUCGAUGUCAAGGAACUGAGGGUCUGCGUAGGAACAUGGAAUGUUGCAGGCAAACUUCCACCUCAAGAUUUGGAUAUUCAAGAAUGGUUGGAUAUGAAGGAGCCGGCUGACAUAUAUGUUAUUGGAUUUCAAGAAGUUGUUCCGUUAAAUGCCGGGAAUAUAUUUGGCGCGGAAGACAGCCGUCCUGCUUCCAUGUGGGAACAUAUCAUUCGUGAAACACUGAACAAGAUUAGUCCAGAUAAACCAAAAUAUAAAAGUCACAGUGAUCCUCCAUCUCCAUCAAGGUUCAAGCCAUCUGAUGACGCUCUUGCAAUGGAAGACGAACUUAAUAGCGAGUCUGACAGCGAAAGUGGUGGGGAAGUGCACCCAUGGAACGAACAAGAUUUAGUUGUUGUUGAUGAUGAUGAUAGUCAUAGCAACAGACUUGAACACUCCACUUCUGCUCCUGACGAAUCUAUUAUACAGGCUGAUAACUUCAGCAGGUUGCCUUCAAUGAAGACUUUCAAUAGAUCCCAUAACAUAGUAAGUUUUAAAGAUUACACCUCUCUUUUGGAAGAGCCGAUCAACCAAAAGAUGUUAACCAAAACACUCAGUCACUCGGAAAGGCUUGGAAUGAUUUGGCCAGAACAACCAUUGGAUAUGUUGGCUCAGUGUCUUCCAGACAGCACACCACCAUUUGCUUCCGGGAAGGCACUAAAAACAUAUUUGUCUUUCAAAUCAGUUAAUGAAGAUUCAUGUGCUUUUCCAGAGGAUAGUGCACUUCAUGGUUUAAACAUUGAAAGUGUGGUAGCUAAAGGAAAAAGACCAUACUUUGUAAGGAUAAUAAGCAAGCAGAUGGUCGGAGUAUUUCUCACAAUAUGGGUACGAAGGAGCCUGCGAAAGCGCAUUCAGAACGUGAAAGUAUCAACUGUAGGUGUAGGUGCUAUGGGAUACAUUGGUAAUAAGGGAUCAAUAGCAGUAAGUAUGUCGAUAUAUCAGACACACUUUUGCUUUCUUUGUUGUCACCUGACCUCUGGAGAAAAGGAUGGAGAUGAACAAAAAAGGAAUGCAGAUGUGCAAGAGAUCCAUCGAAGGACAGUAUUUAAUUCCAGAGUGAGCACGCCUAAGACAAUAUAUGACCACGAAAGGAUAUUCUGGCUAGGGGAUCUCAAUUAUAGGAUCAACUUAUCAUACGAAAAAACACAUGAAUUUAUCUCCAACCACGACUGGAAUGGGUUGUUUGAGAAAGACCAGCUAAGAGUAGAACUGAGGAAAGGACGUUUAUUUGAUGGGUGGAGCGAAGGAGUUAUCAGCUUUCCUCCAACAUACAAGUACCGGUUUAACUCGAAGAAGUACACAAGUGAUGAGCCAAAAUCUGGAAGAAGGACGCCUUCAUGGUGCGACCGAAUUCUUUCGUAUGGCAAGGCAAUGAGGCUAUUGUCGUACGAGACGGUUGAUAUGAGGCUAUCCGAUCACCGCCCCGUUAAAGCCGUGUACACGGUUGAUAUAGAGGUUUUCAGCCCCAAAAAGUUGCAGAGAGCUCUCACCUUCACCGACGCGGAGGUCGAGGACCGGCUGUCCUCUGAGGACGAGCGCAUCGCUGGAAUCUACAGCCUUGGGCUGUCGUAAGUCCAGGGUUAAUAUUUGGGCCAUUUUCUGUAGUGAGGUUGAGCCAAGUCACACCGACAGUGCCGCUUAACCCUGUCCAGCCAUGUCCUCUUGGCUAUCUGCUGAGACCAGCAGCAGAUCAGCUGUGGUUGCUUGGUCACGUAGUACGUCGCUUCCAUGCUCUGACCAUAUUUUGAAACCAGGGCAUGCUAUGUAUGCAUCUCGUUGUUUGUUUCCCGCCGUUUGCCUGUUGUGUGCAGCUUCCUGAAAUGAUAAUGCCAUCUGUAAUGAUCUGAUCUACUCCAGUUGUAAUUAUUAAGAGUUGAACACUGUAAAUUUUGAGGCAGGCCGGUUGUGCAGUUCAAGUUCCAAGUUCUCCUA